CAAAGCAAAACAAAACAAAACAAAACUCUCAGAUUCAUACUUUUCUCUCAAAAAACCCUUAGAUUCAAGAAAUUUGUUUUUUUAUUAAUAGUAAUAAUAUACUUUACAUAUGUAUAUAUUUGAAACUUGUAUUUAUAAGAUAAGAUGCAAUCAAACGGUUCUGAUUCAUAGCAGCAACAGCCGCCGCCUCUUCAGGAACAGAACCAGCGGCAGCAGCAACAGCCACUGGCACCACCGCAACAGCAGUGGAUGGCUAUGCAGUAUCCAGCUGCUGCUAUGGUAAUGCAGCAUCAGAUGUUACCACCUCAGCAUUAUGCGCCGCCUCCACCUCAACACUACAUGGCUGCAUACCACCAGUAUCACCAUCCUCCUCACCUACAACAACCUCCGCAGCAACACCAUCAGAACCAGAACCAGGGAUCUACCGCCGAAAAUAAAACUGUUUGGAUUGGUGACUUGCAUCACUGGAUGGACGAGAAUUAUUUAAACAAUUGUUUCGGUUUGACUAGCGAGAUUGCUUCCAUCAAAGUUAUACGUAAUAAGCAAUCUGGUUUGUCCGAGGGAUAUGGAUUUGUGGAAUUCUAUACACAUGCAACAGCUGAGAAAGUUUUACAGAAGUAUACUGGCAUUCUGAUGCCUAAUACAGUUGGGCAGGAUGAGCUGGUACCUGUCUCAGUGAUCAUGUCUUAGUAGAAGUUAUCUGAAACUGGAUACCUAUCAAUCUUACCGUGAUCGGAAUUAUGUUUUACAAGAAAUGUUGCAUUGCUAGCUUGUUUAUCUGUUAUAUUUUGGAUUUUGGCAGUUCCGAUCAGAUUUUGGCAACCAAUGGGGUGGAGCAUACUAUGGAGGGCAAGUUUACGAUGGUUACGGAUAUGGUGUGCAACCACCUCAGGAUCCAGGCAUGUACGCUGCAGCAUAUGGGGAUUUUAAUAUUUCCGGUGUAUGGCAGCCACCAACAGCAAGUAAGCUGAAAGAAUUGCAAUGACCGGAAACAUGUAGCUUUAGCAAUCCGAAUCUUUCACGAGUAGAAGAGGCAAAAUAACCUUGCCUCAUUUCACUGUAGUUCUAUUCAUUAUGUAGAAUUCAUAUAAAAUCCCUCCAAUUUUUGGAGUGGAACCGAAUUUUGAUGACACAAAGAGAUAGUUUUGUAGGGAUUUUAAUAUUUCAGUGAUUUGUUUAGAAUUAUGGAAAGAUUA